AUAGCUGAUCAUAGUAUCAUGGCUUUUGGUACUGCUUCUUCAUCCUCGUCCUCACUUCCUCCCAAGAAACAUGAUGUGUUUUUGAGUUUCAGAGGCGAGGAUACUCGUAGAACCUUCGCCAGCCAUCUCUAUGCUGCCUUACGCCAGAGAGGAAUUCGGACCUACAUAGAUUAUGAGCUCCCAAAAGGCAAUGACAUCUCGGACGCACUGAUCCAAGCAAUUCAGGAUUCAGGUAUAGCUGUGGUGAUCUUCUCUGAGAACUAUGCCUCCUCCAAAUGGUGUUUGAACGAACUCGUCCAGAUCCUUUGGUGUGGAGAGGUCCAAGGACAGCUUGUUAUUCCUGUCUUCUAUCAAAUUGACCCAUCUCAUGUACGCAAUUAUCAAAAGGGAAUUUACAUGGAGGCAUUUACAAAACACGAGAGAGACUUGAAGCUUAAUCAAUACCAAGUGAACAAGUGGAAACAAGCUCUUUCUAUCACUGCAAAUUUGGCUGGCUGGGAUUCUCGAGCCUGUAGGGAUGAAUCAGAGCUCAUUCAAAAUAUUAUCAGCCAUGUUAUGCAAAACAUUAGUGUCAGGUGUCCAAGUUCACUGGCAGUAGUGGGUCUUGUUGGAAUUGAUGAAAAUUGUGCCAAGAUAGAAAGGUUAUUGGAGAAAGAUCCAAAAAUUGGAAUUUGGGGGAUGGGCGGCAUAGGCAAAACAACCAUGGCUAGGGCUUUAUUUUCCAAACUCUCCUCCCAAUUUGAGAGGAGUUGUUUUUUGGAGAAUUUAAGAGAAAAUGUGAAAAAGUGUGGAUUGACAUAUUUACAUGAUAAACUUUUCUCUGAGCUUUGGAAGCAAGAAAGUUCCUAUAAUAGGCCACUGUAUGUUGAUGAAGGUUCUUACGUCAUGCACAUACUAAGUCGUAAUAAAGUUUUCAUGGUGCUUGAUGAUAUUAGCAAUAGGAAGCAAUUAGAGUAUUUAGCUCCGUAUUGUAAUUACUUGGAACCUGGUAGUAAAAUCAUCAUUACAACAAGGCAUAAGCAAUUGCUUAACAUUGCAGGAGUUAAAAUAUAUGAGGCCCAGCCUUUAAGUGAUCACAAGUCUAUAGAGCUUUUCAAUCUCAAAGCCUUCAACACAUACCAUCCAAAAAUUGGAUAUGAAUUCCUGUCAAAAAGGGUUGUUGAUUAUGCAAAAGGAAUCCCAUUAGUUUUAGUAGUUUUGGCUUCAUUUCUUUCUUUAAAAACUCCAAAGGAAUGGGAUAAUGCAUUGUCAAAACUAAAGAAGGGUCCCCAUGAAGAAAUUCUAGAAGUGUUGAAAUUGAGCUUUGAUGGGUUAGAUUAUGAAGAGAAGGAAAUGUUUUUAGAUAUUGCAUGCUUCUUGAAAGAUGAACACAAGGAACAUGUAAUAGCACUAUUUGAGAGCUAUGGCUUUGAUGCAACAAUUGGCUUGACAGCCCUUGAGGAUAAAGCACUUGUAAAUAUUGAUAACAAUAUGCGGGUGCAAAUGCAUGAUUUGAUUCAAGCCAUGGGUUGGAAAAUUGUUCGUCAAGAGUGUAUGGAAGAUCCUGGAAGACGUAGUCGAUUAUGGAAUCCUUAUGAGAUCUAUGACGUAUUAAAAUAUAAUCGGGGAACUAAUGCUAUUAAAGGCAUAAUUGUAAAUUUAUCUCAAGUUCGAGAUAUGCAUUUGAGUGCCAAUACUUUUAAAAAAAUGACUAAUUUAAGGUUUCUCAAGCUCUAUUCACCUACAUCUAGAGGUGAAAGUUCGUGUAUUAUUGAUAAAGGACCUAACUUAUUCCCCAGUUCAUUGAGGUAUCUUCGAUGGGACAAUUUUCUUAUGAAGUCUCUCCCAUUGUCAUUUUGUGUUGAGAAGCUUGUAGAGAUUUGCAUGCCUGGUAGCCGACUUGAAAAAUUGUGGGAUGGAGUGCAGGACCUGGUGAACCUGAGGAAGAUAGAUUUCAGUGGAUCCAAACAAUUGAUUGAGUUGCCAGAUUUCUCCAAGGCAAAAAAUCUUGAAGUUGCGGAUCUCUCAUUAUGUGAAAGUUUAUGUCAUCUCCAUCCGUCUAUUUGGACUCUCAGAAACUUUACUGGUUGAGGCUUGGAGAGUGCAAAAACUUGAAAAAAUUGCAAAGUGAAAGUCAUUUAAAAUCUCUUCGAAAACUUGAAGUCAAUGGUUGCUAUAGUCUCAAAGAAUUUUCAUUAUCAUCUAAGA